CAUUACGAAUAAAUUCUUCUAAUUACUUUUAACUAGGAACAGACAUAAUUUAAACCCAAUGUUUAAUACAUGUUUGUGUUGUUUUAUAGAAAUGGCCGUAUCAGGACGUAAACAAGUAGACUUGCUAGGAUCACUAGCAGCAGGAUCAGCAGAAGACUUUGAUCACUGUUGUGAGCCGUGUCUUACCACAGAUCAACGUAUAGAAGCUCUCGGGUUUUGUGUCACAUGUCAGGAAUACCUAUGUAGUACCUGUCUUGAUUGUCACAAAAAGGCAAAACUUUCCCGGAAUCACAAUAUUCUUUAUAAAGAUGAAUUAGACAAGUUGCAUACAAAGCAGCAAUCAUACAACGAAUGUACCGAAUUAUGUUCAGCUCAUAAAAAAGAAGUUAUAAAAUUUCAUUGCCCAUCCCACAAUGAGCUCGGAUGCAAUGAUUGCAUGACUUUAGGCCACAGAACGUGCAAAAUUGAGUACAUACCUGAUAAAUGUAGAAGCAUUGCAGAUGGCACGGAAUUCGAUGACGUCAUGCAAAAACUCAGCGGAAAACUUAAAGAAGCAGAAAAAAUCUCUCAAAUGGCUAAGGAAAGAAGUAAUGAUAUAAAUGAAUGCAAUAAGGAAAUAAUCAAAGCAAUAACAGAAUUCCGAAAAGAAAUAAAUGACCGCCUUGAUCAGAUGCAACAAUAUGUUUCAACAACUGCUGAAGGCAUAAAGACAAAGAAUAUUAAAAUCGUUCAGAAGGUCCUUGAAGAAUGUGCAAGUAUGAUUUCUGAUAUAAAAAGUCUGCAAUCAAAGCUAAAUGUAAGCAAAUCAAAUCAACAGCAUAGUCAACUCUUCAUUGACAUAAAACGGGCUGAGUCUUCACUGAAAUCAAAUAAAUUAAAUGAUGCAGAAAAAUCUUUCAUAAAUACGAAUAUGCACUACUCAUUUGAGCGAAAUUCUGACCUUGAAUCAUUGUUAUCGAAAACAAGGGUAUUUGGUGAGAUUGUCAGUCAUUCUUGUUAUGAAUCGGCAAAUGAGAUGAAAUCUGUUGAUCGUCUGAUUGGGAAAGAAGGUAUCAAUGUUAAAACUUCAACAGAUAAGAGGGAAUGUUCUAUUACAGGAUGUGCAGUUCUCAACACAAAUAAACUAGUUCUAGCCGAUAGAGAAAACAAAAAAGUAAAAUUGAUAUCUAUAGAGAAUAAACGUGUACAAGAAGAGAAAGCUCUAGACUCGGAGCCAUUUGACAUUGCUGUAAUGUCUCAAGAUCAGUUUGCAGUAACAAUGCCGCAUAUCGAAGAAAUAGUUGUCAUGAGAACAGACGACAAGCUAUCAUGUGUCCGCAGUAUUAAAGUAGAUAGGUUAUGCUAUUGUAUAGACUUUAAUCAAGAUUGUCUCUAUGUUGCUUGUUUGUAUCCUCUUAGUGUGAUUGUACUGAAUACACAAGGUGAUAUCCUGAAUAACAUCCCUCUGAAAUUUCUUUCAAAUGACUAUUUCCCGUAUAUUACUGUGGGAAAGGAUUCCAAACUUCUGUAUAUCAGUGACUGUGGUAACGACAGUAUAGUGAGUGUAUCAUUACAAGGGAAAGUUACAGCUACAUAUAAGCAUACAGAUCUUAGUGGACCACGUGGAAUGUUGAUGUUAGAUGACGGGGCAUUACUUGUGUGCUGUACUGGUAAUGGAACAAUUCAUAAAGUCAACGGAGACUUGAAGCAAGGGAAGAUGAUGCGUCAAGAUAAAACCCGUCUGCAUUCAAUAUGCUACAGUUCACGCUAUAAUGAGGUUUAUGUUAGUUACUAUAAUGAUAACAAGUUGAAAGUAUUUGACACACAAUGAUCAAUUGAUGAAAUUUUAAUUUGAUAACCAAAUUGACGAUUGCAUUGCAUUAAUUGUUCUUUAUUAUAGAAAAUUAUCAAAGUAUAUUUUGUAUGAUUAUUAUUAUCAUUAUUAUCAUUAUUAUUUCAAAAAUAUCUCUUUGUUUCAUAUAUCCUUUUUAUAUAUCCUUUUCGUCGAUUUGAAACUAUGCAAAUUGUCGCCGAUAAUUUUGUUUUAAUAUAAAACUUUUUAAAAAGUAAAAUGAUCUUCCUUAUUACAAAUGAAACAAAUGCAAACUCCAUUGAAUGAUUAUGUUUCAUAUUAGGAAUUGGCUAGAUAUUUAAUAAGAUAUCCUUUUAGAUAUAUAACGUUAGAAAUGUGAAGUUAUAUAAAACUUUUACACUUUAUUGAUUUAAAUUUUUAUAAGGGACGUGUGUCAUGUUAUCAAAUGAAAUGUUUAAGUAUGUCACAGGCUGAGAAAAAUGUGCAGCUUGUCUAGGAUUCAAACACGGGACUCUCGGAAUGUCAUUUUGUGACACUACCGACAGAGCUAUUAGGCCGCUUACACAUCUUCUCCCCUUAUACGUGAACAGUUCUGAACCAUGACAUACUCCCCUGCUAUACUGAAAUUCGUCCACGAAUUUCACAGAGUUACAGAGCAAUGUAAAUUAAACUUCCAGCAAUAUUCAGUCACGGUCCCCAGUCUGUUGCAAAAUGUCACAGGGUAAGAAAAAUUUGCAGCCUGACCAGGACUCGAACCCGGGACCCUCGGCAUACCGUACCGCGGCUCUACCGACUGAGCUAUCCGGUCGGUUACACAUGUAUUCCCCUACAUAGUGAAAAGUUCUAAACCAUGACAAGUGUAAUAGGGAAUAACGUAUAUCAGUGGUAGUGAAUAUUUCAUUCAUGUUUUCACUAUGAUGUGCCACACGUGUCAUAUUAUACAAACGGUCAGUGAAAAUAAAUAGAGGAUAUUGAAUGAGUGUAAGUUCAAUACUGAAUUUAUUGCACGAGUUGAAUAAAAUUAUAUUAUGUAUUCAUUAUAAGAGUCAUUUUUCAUUGACGCGCCUAUAGUAUAACGCUAACAUUUACACUAUGUUUGUAUAACGCUAAUGACGUCACGUCAAAAUAUAUGCACGGUUUUACGGAGUCGCGAAAUCGGCACGGGUGUGUGAUAAACUGUGAUCUUAUGUUUAUUUUACAAAACUCUUACAUAUGAUCGGCAAUACAUUCAUCAUUUAUAUUUCGUUUUACAUCUGUGGUGGCGGACAAAGUAACAUUCGUGUAAUAAAAAUGUAACCCUGUCUUACUUCCUAGUUUGUACAAUCAUAAAGUUUAAUAUCACAUAUAAAAACAACUUUAAAUACUGAAUACUUUAUUGUACUAUGUUUAUGUGUACUUAAUACAUUUUGAAGCUUUUUUAUAAUCACGCCUAUCAAAUUUACGAAAUUUUGACAUUAGAUGUGAAAAAUAUCCAAAAACAAACAAACUUCUCGUAUAUCGCAGAUUGUUUUGUUAUAUUUCUAUUUUAUCGACUAUUAUUUAUUCAAACUGAUAAGUUGUUCUUUAAAUGGUACUUUCAUAACGAUAGUGAUAGUUUAAGGUAAAUCUCAACUUUUUUCUUAAACGUUUAUGUCUGCAUAUAAUUAUUUCUAUACCUACCAUCGUGUUUUGUGUUAUAAUUAUUAUCUUAGUUUACGCUUCAUCAAAAGAUAAAAUAUAUUGUAUUUGUGUGUUCUGCGCAUGAUGAGCCUAUUUAGGAAACUCUGACUAUAGUGUGAUUUAUAAUUAGUAUUUAUUCUCUGAACUAAUAGACUUAUUUGAUGUAUUGCAUAUAUCUGUAAGCAUGCUGGGUCGUAUAUAUACAUUUUUUAAACAGUAUCAUUUUUUAAUAAAUCUUGAGAAACAACACCGUCAUAUGACAUUUGUACAUUACCGAUAAAGUGUGUGAUAAGACAAAAAAAUUGCGCUGAGAACAGCUGAGUAUAUAUUUUUGGGAAUGUUUUUUUUCUUUUGUGUUUUGUUAUGAUCACUUUGUUUCCAGAUUUUUAUACUUCACAUGAUAAACAAGUAUUAGAUUACAGACAUAAAUACUAUUUGUUUCCUGUUUGUAAUUGCUAUUUGAAUGUAUAGUAUGCAUUGAAAAAAUCAGAAAUAGGGAGCUUUUUGCUUAAAGGCAGUCACUAUCACUUGUCAAUUAUGUGAGAACCUGGUUAUCUUUUGUUGUCACGUUAUCAACAGACAACAUUAAAAGUUAUCCACCAACCAGCCGAUAAUGAUUUUAUCAAUGUAUGAUAAAAUUUUAGCAAGAAUGUUAUCUCUUUUGUUAUGUAUACAUUUCAAAUGUUGUUUUUUUUUAAUUUGGCUAGUAUUAUAGUGUAUCAAAUUGAAUAAGAUACAAGAAUUUUGUUGAUAUUACAUAUUGUAAGUUUUAAUUCCAAUUCAAUAGAAAACUGAUUCAAAGUUCAACGUAACAUUGUAAUUGAACAUUGAACGAAUGAAUUCGUUUGUUACAUUGAAUUGGAACUUACAUUGUAAUGGAUAUUACAAUUAUUGAUAAAUAAUAAGUAUAAAAUUAAAAAUGGUGAGUUGAUAAUAUAAGGAUGUUACACCGGCUGUCAGUACAGACCGGAAUAUCAAGCUCGUAAUUGUUUACGGUGGUAACGAGGCUCUGCCCAGUUUCCGCUAAAUAAUAUCUGAGAGCUUGAUAUUUCCGGUCUGUAACGAGAACCGGUGUUUGAUUCUUUUUCUUGCAUAUAGCAAAUGAAUUAUUGUUCGGAAAGAAAUUUCGAAAAUCAAUAUUUUCAUUGAACACUUUUGUCUUAUAGUAGCAUAAUUAUGUAUAUACAAUUUUAUUCAUAACGGUAAACUAACGUCAUUCUAAGAACCAUUUCAUUCAAAAAUGGUUCUAACGUCAUUGGAAGCACGCGACUUAUCUUACUUGGGGGGAGGGGGGGGGGGAGGAAGGAAGUUUUUCAAGCACCUGUGUAAGCAGUAGAUAAUCCAGUCUAAUAUGCAAGAAAUAAAGUCGACUACAUUACCUUCAGCCUUUUUGUCAUAUCACAUUGACUUUAGAAAUGUAAAUAAUAAAAAGGGACUUUCCCAAUAUGUUAGCAGAUUAGUUGUUUUAACAAUCAAUAGAUGGACAGAUAGAAAAAUGUAUAAACUAUAUGAUAAAUAGUUUGAUUUAUUCAUUCAUUGAGAUGUUUCACUUUUCCAUUAUCCAGACUCAAACCGAGUAUGCAGUUCUAAUUUAAAGUUGGUGUUUACAUUUCUUGCGAGGGAUCACCAUUUUUCCCAAAUUUUGUUAAGAAAUUCUGCUACUUUAUUGUAUCUCUUAUUAAAACUUCUGCCCUUGUGAUUGAA